AUGAAGACCUUCACUGUACUCUCUGCAUUGCUGGCAACGGCCAUCGCCGCACCUACCACACCCGCUGUAGAUGCAUCACUGCAAACACGCACUCUCGGUUCCCUCAGCAAGCUCCUGACACCAAAGUGCCCAGCAAACAUUGCCCAGCCCGACGGCAAGCUACCCAAGGGCAGCAUUUCGACCUCAGCCCUUGUCCCUAUCAGCUCCAAGAACCCCAAAACCGCCUACCCCAACAGCGAGUGGGCGAAAAUCACACCGGGCGACUUCUGCACAGUCUUCAACCUCGUCAUCGACUCCGACGCCACCCAAGGCAAGGUGUGCAACCUCGUCUUCGACUUCCCAGACUAUCUGCAGGCACCAGGCGACUUUGUCUUCCUCGGCAGCGGAAGGUUCUCUUUCACGGGCUACGACAUCAACGCCGGCGCGGUGCCGGGCGUAACCACCUAUGCGAACCAGCCGCGACCUGGCCCGAGUCCACCGAACCCGCCGCCCGUUAUGAAGCCAGGAAAUAGUUACAUUGUUAACUCGUCGCCCUGUGGUAUUCCGCCAGGCAUUGGACCGGUGACGGUGAGCGGUAGCUUGUGCUCGAAGGAUACGACGUUUUUAUUCAAGCAGAGCAAUAUGACGUGUCCGCUGGGCUUUUAUGUUAUCCUCACGGAUGACGAUGGAACAGGCAGUGCGCCUCACUGA